CCAUAUUGUCAGGCAUGUUUUCUUGUCGAAUGGGAUUUGGUUCAUGAUGCUCUUCAGUAGGAUUCCGGUCCUCUAUGCUUUGAUCAAUCGGCACUGCACCAUCUUCUAAUAUCAUGUAUGGAGUUUCAUUUAAUUCAUUAUUGACGACCCACCUUUUACUUUCGUCAAAAAUCACAUCUCUGCUUAUAGUGAUCUUGUUAGUCAAAGGAUUAAAUAACUUAUAUCCUUUACUAUUUUCACUGUACCCAACGAAUAUCAUCUUUUCCGUUUUAUCAUCCAAUUUAUUCCACUUCUGUUUGGGUAUGUGGACAUAGGCUACACUACCGAAAACCUUUAAGUGUUCCACAUUUGGUUUUCUUCCAUUCCAUGCUUCGAAUGGAGUUACAUUUGGUCUAGUCUUUGUAACCGUACGAUUCAGUAUGUAUGUGGUGCAUGCUAUUGCUUCUGCCCAGAACUUGUUUGGCAAUUUUUUCAUGCUCAACAUACUUCUACUUAACUCCAUUAGUGUCCUAUUCUUCCUUUCCGCUACCCCGUUUUGUUGGGGUGAGUAACUAUUUGUAAGUUGAUGAUGAAUCCCAUUUGCAUUUAAGUACUCUUGAAAUGAUUUUCCACAAUAUUCCCCUCCGCGAUCUGUUCUUAACGUUUUAAUCGUGUGAUCGGAUUGAUUUUCGGAUAAUGCUUUAAAUAGCUUGAAGUAACUUAAUGCCUCGGACUUGAGUUUAAGAAAAUACACCCAAGUUUUCCUAGAAUAAUCGUCAAUAAAGGUAAUGAAGUACCUGCAUCCACCAAUGGACUCCGUUCUCAUCGGACCGCAUAUAUCAGAAUGAAUAAGUUGGAGUGGUUUAGUUGCUUGCCACUUUGUUUUAUUUGGAAAAACUUUUCUUGCUUGCUUGCCCGAUACACACCCCUCACAUAUACUUGUGUCUCUUGAAAUCUUUGGUAAACCAUACACUAUAUCUUUGUUUCCCAUAUCUGCUAGUGUAUCAAGAUUUACAUGUCCAUACCUCUUAUGCCAUAGGAUGGAGGUUUCCUUGGUAGUCAUGGUUAAUGCUAAUGUUAAAUCCUUUUCAGGGUGGAGAGGAAACAUUUUGUUGUUUGUCAUUUUUAUUUCACCCAAUGUUCCGUUUCUAACAUCCUUUAUAAUGCAUUUAUUCUCUUGAAAUGUAAUCGUAUAACCCCUUUUUAUGAGUUGACCAACGCUUAACAGAUUGUGCCUUAAACCUUUGACAUAGAACACGUCUUUUACCCUUUUGUUUUGCCCUUGUAUUGCGAUUUUGAUCUCCCCACUGCCUAGAACUUCUAGUUUUUUAACAUCACCGGUUCUUACCUCUUUUCUUAUUGACUCAUCCAACGAUGUGAACAAGUUUCGAUUUCCUGUCAUGUGGUUGCUGCAACCACUGUCUAAAUACCAGUGAUCGUUGUUAUCAGUUUCUUCCAUAUUCAGAAUCAUAAACAUUGAAUCAUCCGUCUCCUUUUCCUCCGGUUCAUCAUCUUGAUGAAUUAACAUGUUGUCUGUUCCGUUUUCAACUUUCUGUUUGCAAAACUUGGCGGUGUGACCCAGUUUUUGACAAUUAUAACAUCUAAUAGAACUUAGGUAACGAUCCCUAAUUCUACCACGUCCUCUUCCUAUUCCACCGUUUCGAUUCUGUCUAAAUCUGUCCUGAUUGGCGUUCUGAACUUGGAACGCAUGUUCGAUUGGUGGAUCUUCGUAUCUUUUCAUCCGUAACUCAUGGGAUUGUAGGAUUCCCAUUAACUCUUCGGUGGAAACAUCCUCUAAAUUCUUUGUUUCCUCUAUAGUGAUCACAACCGACUCAAAGUUUCGAGUCAUACUGCGUAGAAUUUUUUCUACAAUUCGUUGUUCACUAAUUUUCUCUUCGUUCAUUCUUAAUUGGUUCACUAUUAGGGUUAUUCUAUUGAAAUAAUCUUCAACAGAUUUCCCAUCGUUCAUUUUUAACGCAUCAAAUUCACAUCUAAGGGUUUGAAGUCUUACAGUUUUUACCCGAUUUUCUCCCUUGUACGAUUUGUGUAAAAUGUUCCAGGCCUCCUUUGAUGAAUUCGUCAUGGCAAUCCUCUCGAAUACAGUAUCGUUCACUGAUUGAAAUAUUAUGUGUAGAGCACGUUUGUCCCUUUUUAUUGACUCUCGGUAUGCAGUAUUGGCUUCAUUUGUUGGAUUGUUUCCCAACUCUUGAUAUCCAUCUUCAACAAUGCUCCAUAAUUCUUGUGAUUCAAGCAACACUUUCAUUUGAAUGUGCCAGUGAUAAUAAUUUUGCCCUGUGAGUUUUGGAAUUUGGGUUUGAAUUCCCUGCGAUUGAUUCAUCUUCGUCUGAUCCUUCCUGAAUACGGUUGAUUUGAUUUGAAUGAUGUUCGGAUCGUUAUGGCUCUGAUACCACUAUGUUGGAAUUCCUUGCAGUAUGCGAUAUUGAAUAAGGGUUCUGCAGAUCUCUUUUGUUCAUAAAAAUGAAUUGAUAAAACACUUGAAAAGAUACAUCCGAGUAUAUAUAUGUAUUCGGGGCAUACAUGAGAUAACCGCCCCAAAUGAUAAUGAAUAAAACAUACUAACCUAACAUAAGUUUAAUCUAAUAUGUGACAUAAAUAUAUAAUGAAUCUAGCUUAUAUAUAUAUUAAUUAUACUUGUCUAACAUUGACAUAAGCUUCAACUUAUUUUCGGGAUCCUUUCCUUCAUCGUUGGGAUCUUUACAAGCCCUCGAAUUCCUUGAUGCCUCACAUAACAACAUCACCGGCGAAAUCCCGACUUUUUUAGAAGUAAUUCCUUUGAAGAAUCUCAACAUAUCUUUCAACAAUUUAGAGGGCCAGGUGUCGAGAAAAGGAGUGUUUGCCAACGCAAGUUCGGUAUCUAUUCUUGGCAAUAGUCGGCUUUGUGGCGGCGUGCCUGAACUUCAGUUACCCAAGUGCCGGUCUAAUAAGAAGAAAAAUAAGUUGAGCCUUGCAGUUAUAUUAGUGAUUUCUUUUGGUUCGGUUCUGCUUUUUGUAGUCAUGGUGUUGUUUUUUGCAUGUUAUCCGUGGAAAAAGAAAGUUGAAGACGGUCCACAAAAGACUGCCUCAUGGGAGUACCUAAGUCAGGUUUCUUAUUAUACGCUCAACAAUGCAACCAAUGGGUUUUCCACUGAAAACUUAAUCGGUGAGGGGAGCUUUUCAUCUGUAUAUAAAGGGAACCUUGAUACGGACGGUGCGAAUAUUGUUGCUAUCAAAGUACUAAACCUCCAUCAUCGAGGUGGUUCCAAGAGCUUCGUUUCCGAAUGUGAGGCACUGAGAAAUACUCAACAUAGAAACCUAGCAAAAGUCAUAACUUGUUGCAGUGGCAUUGACUUCCAAGCCAACGAUUUCAAAGCCAUAGUUUAUGAAUUCAUGCCAAACGGAAGUGUAGACAGAUGGUUACAUAACCCCCAAAGUGAACUCCAUCAACUCAGUCUGAUUCAGAGGGUGUGUAUCGUGCUGGACGUAGCAUAUGCGCUUGAUUAUCUUCAUCAUCAUGCUGGAACGACUAUUGUGCACUGUGAUUUGAAGCCAAGCAACAUUCUUCUCGAUGAAGAUAUGGUUGCACAUGUUGGAGACUUCGGGCUUUCAAAGAUUCUUCAAUCUGAGUACCAACAUAGAUAUAAUAGCAGCUCAACUGGAGUUAGAGGAACCAUUGGGUACGCAGCUCCAGAAUAUGGGGUUGGGAGCAUAGUGUCAAGAAAUGCAGAUAUGUACAGUUUUGGGAUAAUGUUGCUGGAGAUGAUGACAUGUAAGAAGCCUACGGACAUCAUGUUUGGAGAAGAGCUCAGCCUACACAGCUAUGCUGAGAAAGCCAUGGGUGAUGGUGCACUGGAGAUCGUUGAUCCAGUGCUUCUGAAAGAUGACAAGACGAUUGGACCGACGACCAACAAGGAAGAAAUAACAGGUUACAUGAAUCAUGAAAGGUGUUUGCGUUUGUUACUGGAAGUUGGUGUGUCAUGUUCCAUGGAAUCGCCACAAAACAGAAUGGACACGGCUAGUGUUAUCCAAAAGCUCCAAUUGAUAAAGAAUGCCAUUUUAGGGAAUUCUACCCUUUAGAUUAUCUUCUGUUUAAACUAUUAAAAUAUGAUUCAACACUCCCAUGCACGUGAGAAAAUCGUUGGUUCAUUAUGCACAUGGGUUUAUCUGCUUCCAAUAUAUUCGAAUAAGUUUAGGUUGUUAUGGAGUCCGAGUCAUAUGGUUUACGUUAGCUGAUCGUUGGAGAGUCUGCCUAUUUAUAUAUCCUUUUUGCGUCUGUUUAUGUAUUCACUUUCAAAGCAAGAAACAAGUUGAGUUAAUCGUGCAAUUGAUCUUAUUGUGUGUUUCCGUGAGAUUAUUAUAAGUACUAAUACCAAUAGUGGUAUCAGAGCUUGACAGAGAUCCUUUAUUUGUAGAAUUGUCGUCGUCCAGUGGGUUUCAUUGUGAUAUUGUGAAACACGAACAAUCAAGUAUGAUCGAAUGUAACAGUGAAUUGUGAAUUAGAAGUGUUUGUGAAAGAGAGAUUAAAACAGAAAACAAGUUGAUCAAAUUGAUCAGUGGUUUCAACGACACAAUACAAACCAUAAAAAUGUUCCUCGACCGUUCACAUUGCCAACCGAUGCAACGUUUCAGGAACGACACGGCUGUUAAACCAAGACCUGACGAUUACUUCCUACAUGGGCUUGUUAAAAGAAUUUAGCCCAAACACAAUAACAUACUUGAUGUUUUGACCCAUAA